AUGUGUAGGUACUCAACUCAUAACGCGUCGAGCUUUGAGAGGCAACGAGCGGCCGCUCUCCGCCGCCUACCUCCGCAGACAGCCGCGCGGCUCGCCGGUGCCACGGCCGGUGCUCUACCUGCACUACGGACUUCGAUAUGGCAUUUAAGUCAUCAUCGGAGUGUUGUGACGAGAAUCUGUGUUCCCGUUGUGGAGUGUGCAGUGUCAAUUUGUGAAGCCGGUUCACCUCGUGAACGAGGCCGGUUCCGAGUGCCCGCGUCGCCGACAGUGUCUGUGUGCCACUCAGGCUCAGUGCUUUCUAAACGAGUCCCGAUACGACGGUGCACACACUAUUCUACCUAUAUUGAGUUGAACCGCAACUUAAUCCAAAGUGUUGAAGCCUGCACUCGACCUGCACACACACGCUCUCGAGUUCGUCGGUGUGGUGGCAGUGACAUGUGCGUGUUGCGCGCGUUGCUGGUGCUGUCCACGGUGUGGUGGUGUGCGCGCGCAGGACCCGGCCCACCUGCUGCAACUCUCGCGCUCCCGGAACUACGCUUCACACACGCGCUAUACAACCUGACCAUUCCGGAGAACAGCCCUCCGCGCACCUACGCGGAGCAACCCCCGGCCGACGAACCCUUGGGCGUUCACCUGCCCGUGCCCGAUGCCAGAGUUCGCUUCCGCAUACGACAUGGCGAUAAGGAUAAGUUCUUUAAGGCAGAAGAGCGCACCGUCGGUGACUUCUGUUUCCUAUCGAUUCGCACGCGCGCAGGUCACGCUGACGUACUUAACCGAGAACGGCGAGACUCGUACCGGCUGGAUGUACGGGCAACCGCACAUUUACCAGGUGGACAUACGCUAGAGGCGGAUACCGCAAUCGCUGUGUCCGUUGCAGAUGAGAAUGAUCUCAGUCCGUUGUUCUACCCUACGGAAUAUGAAGUUAUGGUCCCGGAAGACGCGCCGCUUCACUCCAGUAUAGCAUGUGUUACCGCAGAGGACGCUGACUUGGGCCUUAACGGUGAAAUCUACUAUAGCCUCGCGGAGUCCACCGACCGUUUCACCGUACACCCAACGACCGGCGUCAUCACUAUCACUCGACUACUGUCCGCAGCGGAAGCGGUUCGCCAUGAGUUCGUUGUCCUAGCACGGGAUCGAGCCUCACUUCUGACACGUGGCGAAAAUGCACCAGCUGCGCGUGCCACGGUAAAUGUGCGCGUCGUUCGCGUAAACCUGCACGCUCCUGAACUACGAGUGCGGCGGAUGCCCGAGCUUGUCGAAAAUUCUACUGCCGAGAUAUAUGCCAUUAUAGAGGUUAGCGACGAGGACUCGGGUGAACAUGGGCGCAUCGCCUCGCUUGACAUCGUUGACGGAGAUCCAAAUGGGCACUUUCGAGUGCGUGCAUCGACCCAACCCGGCGAGUACGAUGUGCUCGUUCAUGCUCUACUUGACCGUGAGACAGCGCCGACCGGCUACAACCUAACGCUACGUGCUGUGGACGCGGGUCGUCCCCCGCGUGCCUCGUACCUCACUUUGCCGGUGACACUGGUCGACACAAACGAUAAUGCACCGGUAUUUAGCCGAGAGGUGUAUGAGGCAAGUAUCCCUGAAACUGUACCACCUAAUACACCGGUCAUAAGGCUAAAGGUAAGCGACCGCGACGAGGGUCGCAAUGCACGAGUCUACAUCGAGGUUGUCGGGGGUAAUGAGGGAGAGGAAUUUUAUGUGAACCCCGAAACAGGUGUCUUAUACACUGCCGUGCCCCUAGAUGCCGAAGAAAAGGCUCUGUACACACUGACUGUAUCUGCAAUAGACCAAGGCAAUGCAGGAACACGUAAACAGUCAUCCGCCAAAGUAAAAAUUACUGUAUUAGAUUCAAACGAUAAUAAUCCUGUAUUUGAAAAUGAAGUAACCGAAGUAUUGGUUCAAGAAAAUGGACCAAGCGGGGCCGUAGUAGCGAGAGUAAUUGCGCGAGACGCCGACUCGGGAGACAAUGCUUAUAUUUCGUACAGCAUAGCCAACCUACAACCGGUUCCCUUCGAUGUGGAUCAUUUCUCAGGUGCAGUGCGAACAACACGUCUACUAGACUACGAAAGUAUGCGACGAGAGUACACGCUACGAAUCCGCGCCAGCGAUUGGGGCACACCAUACCGAAGACAGGCAGAAAUGCGCCUCGUGGUGCGACUAGAAGACGUCAACGAUAAUAGGCCUCAGUUUGAACGUGUCGAUUGUGUGGGAUAUCUGCCUCGACGACUCGCCAUCGGUUCUGAGAUAGUAACACUCUCUGCCAUCGAUUUUGACGCUGGUGAUGUAGUAUCAUACCGUAUCAUAGGUGGCAACGAAGACAAUUGCUUCACACUCGACUCAGGGACUGGCGUCGUCAGUCUGUCUUGCGAUCUGACAGACGUCAGAUCCGACUCUCGCACGCUCAAUGUAACAGCAACUGACGGAACGCACUUUGCGGAUGCCACGUCCAUGACCCUUCACCUGGUGAGCAGCGGUGGUGACAGUGGAGCACUAGAGUGCCGAGACACAGGUGUAGCUCGUCGCCUUACUGAGUUACUAGGUGCAGCCGAGCGCAGCAAUGCACCUCUGGAUCUAACCGACGAGUUCUCGUUGGCACCAUCCCGUUACGGCGAAAAUCUCCAUGCUCCUGAAUUUAUAGACUUCCCAGUCGAAGUGAAAGUGAACGAGUCGGUUGCACUCGGUACUUCACUGGUGAAAUUGAAAGCCCGCGAUCGCGACCUGGGCUACAACGGCCUCCUCGUUUAUGGUAUCUCUGGUGGCGAUGCCGACUCCGCCUUCCGCAUCGAUCCGGACACGGGCGAGCUGCAAGUCAUCGGGUACCUAGAUCGCGAGCGAGAGAGCGAGUACUAUCUAAAUAUUACGGUCUACGAUCUAGGAUCGCCGCAGCAUUCAGUGUCGCGACUAUUGCCCGUGACGGUUCUCGACGUCAACGACAACCCUCCUCGCUUCGAGAAGACUCUUGCAAGUUUCCGAGUAACAGAAAACGCACUCAACGGAACCGCGAUAUUCCAUGCGAACGCUACCGAUCGCGAUGCGGGUACGUUCGCGUGGAUCACGUAUAGCUUGAGCGGCGCUGACGCCGGUGAGUUCUGCAUCGACCGCACGUCGGGCGUGCUGGCGGUGUGCGCGGCACUGGACCGCGAGAGGCGCGCUCUGUACGAGCUCACGGUGCGCGCCACGGACGGAGGUGGGCUACACGCCGAUGCGCUGGUGCGCGUAGCCGUGGACGACGUGAACGACAACGCUCCGCGGUUCGCCCUCGGCACGUACGCGGCGCGAGUGCGCGAAGACGUACCUUCGGGCACACUGGUCGCAGUCGUCGACGCUUUCGACCCAGACCUAGGUGCGGGCGGCCGCGUUACCUACUCGCUCCCAGACCAGGGGCCCGACGAUGUUGUGUUCACCAUCGACGCCACCUCCGGGACGCUGCGCACCGCUAAACUGUUAGACUUCGAGGAGAGACAGGUGUACGGAGUGACGGUGCGCGCGACGGACGGCGGGGCACCGGCGCUCUGGGCCGAGGCGACCGUCAUCGUGGAGGUAGUGGACGUGGACGAAAACUUGCAUGCGCCGGUGUUCGGCUCGCACGGCGUGCUGGCGGGCGGCGUGCGCGAGGACGCGGCGCGCGCCGCCGUCGUGCUCACGGCCACCGCCAGCGACGCCGACCCGCCCGGACGAGACUCGCGCCUCGCCUACUACAUCGUGGCCGGCUCGGGCAUGGCGCACUUCUCCGUCGACGAUGCAGGGAUAAUUCGAACGCUGACACCGCUGGACCGCGAGUCUGUGCCCCAUUAUUGGCUGACGCUGUGCGCGCAGGACCACGGGCUGGUGCCGCGCCACUCGUGCGUGCAGGUGUACAUCGAGGUGCUGGACGUGAACGACAUGGUGCCGUGGCCGGAGCGCUCGGCGUACUCGGCCGCGGUGCCGGAGCACUGCGCCGCCGGCACGCGCGUGCUCGCAGUGCGCGCGCACGACGCCGACGCCGGCGCCUCGCCCGCUAACAUCACGUAUUCCAUCGUCGCCGGCAACCCUGAUGGGCUUUUUUCUAUAGACGAACGAACCGGUGAAAUAGUGACGACGGGCCGCACGCUCGACCGCGAGGCGGCCGCCUCGCACGCCCUGGAGGUGCAGUGCUCGGACGGCGAACUGGCGAGCACUGCGCGGGUCACCGUGCGUCUGCUCGACAUCAACGACCAUGCGCCUACUUUCGCUCAGCGCUUCUAUGACAUCCGCGUGCCGGCGCCCGUGACGCACUUCGACGAUACCCUGCCGCAGGGUGACGGCGGCGGUGCCGGAGAUGCGGGCGGCGCAGGGGACGAGUCCAGCACGGAGCUGGACGCCGACGACGAGGACGAGGGCUCGGGCGCGCGCGCCCCCUGGGACCUUUACGAAGAUACGACGCCCCUCGGGCUAUACGUGGCCACGGUGGUGGCGUUCGACGGCGACGAGGGCGCCAACGGCUCCGUGCGCUACUGGGCGCGCGCUCGCGGGGGGGCGCGCGGCCUGCUGCGCGUGCACGCCGCCACGGGCCGCCUCCUCGCCUCGCCGCGCCUCGCGCUCGCGCCCGGCGACUCCUACGAUGUCACCAUCCGAGCGUGCGACGGCGCCACGCGGGCGCGCUGCUCGGUGGCGCGCGCGCACGUGCGCGGCGUGCCCCGUGGCGGUGGCGGGCCCCCCGCGCUCGCCGCGCCGCCCCCGCUGCAGGUGGCGGAGCUCGACGCGCCUGGCUUCCUCCUCGCCGUGCUGCAGGCCACCGACCCCGACGCAGACGCGCUCUACUACGCCAUCGAAGACGGCGACCCUCGACAGGAGUUCUACGUGGGGCGCGAAGACGGAAGUCUAGUACUGGCCAAACGUUUGCUGUGGGAGAGGCAGGCGCAGUACUCGCUCAACGUGUCCGUCACCGACGGCCUUCACGUCGUCUACGCCUCCGUGAACAUCAGCGUGAUCAACGACGCCAACGAGGGCGGCGUGUCGUUCGCGCGCGAGCUGUACGCGGUGGAGACGUCGGAGAGCGCGCGGCCGGGCGAGGCGCUGGUGGCGCUGCGCGCGGGCCCGGCGGCGCGCCUGCUGUACGGGCUGCACGCCGCGCGCGCGCCCGCCUCCCUGCCGCUCUUCCGCCUGCACGAGCUCAGCGGCGUGCUGGAGCUGGCGCAGCCGCUGGACCGGGAGAGCGCCGCCGUACACGAGUUGACGGUGUGGGCGCGCGACCAGGCUCCCCGCGCGUCCCGGGCCUACACGCGGGUGGUGGUGGUGGUGCACGACGCGGACGAGCACGCGCCCUCGUGGGGCCGGCGCCUGGCCGAGGCGCGCGUGCCGCGGGGCGCGGCGCCCGGCGCGCUGGUGGCGGCGCUGCGCGCGGCCGACCGCGACGCGGGGGACGCGGCGCGCAUCGUGUACUCGCUGGCGGGCGGCGACGCGGCCGGCCUGUUCAGCGUGGACGCGGCGCUGGGUGACGUGCGCCUGGCGCGCGCGCCGCCCGCGCUGGGCCCGCGCGACUACACGCUGCACGUGCGCGCCGCCAACCCGCCGCCCGCCGCGCGCUCCGCCACGCUCCCGCUGCACGUCACGCUGGUGGAGCCGGACGACGCGCCGCCGCGCUUCCUCGGCGCGGACUCGUCUUGUGAGGUAUACGAAAACGAGCCUGCGGGCGCUCCGCUGCUGACCCUGGAGGUGCGCAGCGCCACGGCGGUGUGGUUCUCGCUGGAGGGCGGCGCGGGGCUGUUCCGCCUCAACCCCGCCGCCGGCCUGCUGGCCACCGCGGCGCCGCUGGACUACGAGGCGCAGAACUUCUACAACCUGACCGUGGUCGCCAUCAACAUGGGCGGCGGGCGCGCCUCGACGAGCGUGGCGGUGCACGUGCUCGACCGCAACGAGUUCGCGCCGACGCUGCGGCGGAGCCACUACCGCGGCCGCGCGUCCGAGGCGGCGGCGCCCGGCGCGCUCGUGACCGACGCCGACGCGCCGCGCGCCGCCCCCGCGCCGCUCGUGCUGCUCACGGACGACGCCGACUCGCCCGCCAACCGCCAGCGCGCCUACGAGAUCCUGCAGCCGGCGGCCGCCGCUCUCUUCCGCGUCGACUCCACCACCGGCGCGCUGCACCUGCGGGCGCCGCUCGACUACGAGCGCGCGCGCCGGCACGACUUCAGCGUCAGGGUCAUCGACAUGGGCACUCCGAGACUUCCGUCCGCGAGCGUCGCCGAAGUUUCGGUCGAGGUGAUCGACGUUAACGAUUGUCCGCCGGAGUUCACUCGACCGGUUUACGAAGCUACGGUGUUGCUCCCCACGUGGGCUAACGUGACCGUGUCGACCGUCACGGCGCUCGACCCCGACCUCCCGCCCGACGCGGCCGUCAAGUACGACAUCAUCGAGGGAGACGCGGAGGGCGCCUUCGCGCUUUCGCCCCGCGGCGCCCUCGUAGUGGCGAGCCCGGAGGGGCUGCGCGACGCCUACCGCCUGCGCGUGCGCGCGUCGGACGGCCUCUACUCGAGUACGGCGCGCGUGGAGAUUCGGGUGCGCGAGGCCGACAACUCCGGUCUCGCGUUCCAGAAGGCCGACUACUACGGCUCCGUGGUGGAGAACUCCACCAAACCCACGACCGUCGCCGUGCUCAACGUGCUCGGAGCCGCGCUCAACGAGCACAUCGAAUUUCGUAUAUUGAAUCCCGUCGACGGAUUCGAGACGCGUGCGCAGGUGGGGCUCACGUCGGGCGCGGUGCGCAGCUCCGGGCUCCCGCUGGACCGCGAGGCGCGCGACUCGUACGUGCUCGUCGUGGAGGCGCGCAGCGCGCCACCGCUCGCAGAGCCGCGCGUGGCCCGCGCGCGCCUGCACGUGUCCGUCACCGACGUCAACGACAACUGCCCCGUGUUCGUGGAGCGGCCCUACGUCGCCGCCGUGCUGGCCGGCGCCGAGCCCGGCACGCCCGUGUUGCGCGUCAAGGCCGUGGAUCUCGACGCCAACGACAACGGCGAGGUGCGGUACGAGAUGAAGCGCGGCCACGGCGAGCUGUUCCGCGUGGACCGGCGCAGCGGGCAGAUCUCGCUGAAGCAGACGGUGGACGCCCACGCCCAGCCGUACACGCUGGUGAUCGGCGCGUUCGACGGCGGCGUGCCGGCGUGCGGCGCCAGCGCGGACGUGACGGUGCGCGUGUGGGGCGGCGGCGCGGCGCCUGCGUGGGAGCGCGCGCACUACGCGCUGAGCGCGCGCGAGGACGCGCCGCCCGGGGCCGCGCUGGCGCCGCCGCUGCGCGCCACGUCGCCGCUCAACCGCCAGCUCAUCUACACGCUGCUGGACGACGCCGACCGGCUCUUCGAGCUCCACUUCGACACCGCACCCGACAGAGGCAAUAGUCCAUGCGUGCUGAUGGCGCGCGCGGCGCUGGACUACGAGGCGGCGCGCGAGCACGAGCUGGUCGUGCGGGCUACGGACGGCGUCACGGGCGCCUUCGCCGACGCGGCCGUCACGCUGCGUGUCCUCGACGUCAACGACUGCGCCCCUGAGUUCCCGCAGGACGUAUACCGCGCGGCCGUCACCGAGGCCGCGUCCGUUGGCGACUUAGUGCUCGUCGUGCACGCCGUCGACAACGACACCGGAGAGAACGGUGCCGUGACGUACUCGCUGUCGGCGGCGGAGGCGGGCGCCGCGGGCGCGUUCUCCGUGGACAGCGCGACGGGCGCCGUGCGCGUGGCGGCGCCGCUGGACCGCGAGGCGCGCGCGCACUACCACCUGCAGCUCGGCGCCACGGACGGCGGCCGCCCGCCGCUGCUCACCACCGCGCACCUCUUCAUUACCGUGGAGGACGUGAACGACAGCGCGCCGCGCAUGGAGCGGGGCGUGGUGGCGUGCGUGGUGUCGGGCGAGGCGGCGCGCGGCACGGCGCUGGCGCGCGUGGGCGCGUGGGACCCCGACGAGCGCGACGCGGCGCGGCUGCACUACGCGCUGGAGGGCGCCGCGCAGCGCGCCUUCUCCGUGCACGCGCGCACGGGCGUGCUGGCGCUGGCCGACACGCGCGCCUGGCUGGCCGCCGCGCCGACCGCGCUGCGCUCGCUCAACGUGUCGGUGUCGGACGGCGCGCACGCCGCCUUCGCGCGCGUCAAGCUGGCGCUGGCGCCGGCCAACCGCGCGGCGCCGCGCUUCCCGCACGUCGUGCACGAGGCGCGCGCGCGCGAGAACCAGCCGCCGCCGCUGCUGCUCACCACGGUGAAAGCUUACGACGACGACCUCGGAGAAUACGGCCUGGUGACAUACUCCAUCCCGUCGGCGCGACUGCGCGAGACGUUCGCGAUCGACGCGAGCAGCGGCGCGCUCACGACGCGCGUGCCGCUCGACCGCGAGGCGCGCGCCGACUGGGAGGUGCCCGUCACGGCCAGCGACGGCGGCGGCCUGCUGCGCCACACCGUCGUGCGCGUGCGCGUCACCGACCUCAACGACAACGCCCCCGCCUUCCCCCUGCGCGAGUACCGCGCCGCCGUGCGCUGCGACCGCGCGCCGCGCCUGCCCUUCCUCACGCUCGCCGCGCACGACGCCGACGCGGGCGAGAACGCUCGGCUCACCUACUCCGUGUACGAGGGCGACGUGCGCUCCGACACCGGCGGCCUGUUCGCCGUCGAUCCGCACACGGGCGCGCUGUCCUUCGCCAGAUCCGCCGCAGAGUACGCCUCCCGCGGCGUGCAGGUGUGGGUGCGUGCGCGCGACGGCGGCGGGCUGGCGGGCGAGGCGCCGGUGCUGGUGUACGUGCUGGGCGAGCGCGAGGACGCGCCGCGCGUGACGCCGCCGCCCGCCGACCUGUUCCUGCGCGAGGACGCGGCGCCGGGCACGCUCAUCGCCGAGCUGCGCGCGCCCGCGGCCGACGCGCCGCGCUACCGCCUGGCGCCUGCGCUGUGGCCGCGCGACCUGUUCGCCGUGGACGCCGCGGGCCGACUCGUGCUCUCCGGCCAGCUGGACCGCGAGACCGCCGCCGACCAUCUCAUAGGCAUUAUCGCAGAAGGCGCGGGAAGCCCGGCUCCGGCCACGAUGGUGAUGACUCGGCUACACGUGCUCGACGUGAACGAGCACGCGCCCAGCUUCCACUCGCAGCCCUACGUGGUCCACGUGGCGGAGAACACCCCUCCGCACACCAGCCUCGUCCAGCUGAUGGCCGACGACCCCGACGCCGGCACCAACGGCGAGGUGCGGUACUCGCUGGCCCUCUCGGAGGAGGCGGGCGAGGCGGGCGAGGCGGCGCCGUUCGCCGUGGACCCGUACACGGGCUGGGUGAGCACGCUGGCGCCGCUGGACCGCGAGGCGCGGCCCGAGCACCGCCUGGCGCUGCUCGCCAGCGACGCGGGCGCCGAGCGGCGCGUGGCGCGCGGCACGCUCGUGGUGCGCCUGGUGGACUACAACGACUGCCCGCCGCGGUUCCUGCGCGACGAGUACGGCGCCGAGGUGCGCGAGGACGCGGCCGCCGGCACCGUGGUGCUGCGCCUGGAGGUGCGCGACGCGGACGCCACGGGCGCGCCGCUCUCGUUCUUCGUGGCCGACGGAGACGCGCGCGCUCGCUUCCAGCUGCGCGCCUCCGGCGAGCUGUACGUGGCGCGCGCUCUCGAUCGCGAGCUCGAGCCCGCCUACGAGCUGUCCGUGGCCGCCACCGACGGCAAGUUCACGGCCACCACGCGCGUGCGCAUCGCCGUGCUCGAUGUCAACGACAAUCCCCCGUACUGUUUGCGACACCGAUACCGCUCGCGACUCGCGGAGGACGCGGCCAACGGUACGCACGUCAUGACUCUCGAAACCGGGGACGCGGACGAACCGAGCGACAAUCGCCUCAGAUACUACCUCACAGGGGAGGAGACACACCAUUUUGCCAUAAACAAGGAGACGGGCGAAGUAGUGGUGGCGGCGGCGCUGGACCGCGAGGCGCGCUCGGCCUACCGCCUGCGUGCGCACGCGCAGGACCGCGAGCGGCCCGACUGGGAGUGCAGCUCCGAGCUCGAGGUCACGCUCACCGACGUCAACGACAACGCGCCGCGCUUCUCCGCCGCCACCUACAGCGUCACGCUCCCCGAGGACGCAGACGUCGGGACGCUCGUUGCUAAGGUCCACGCUACAGACGCCGAUCUCGGGCUCAACCGCCUCGUGCGAUACUCCUUCGUGGAGGAGACGAGCGGCACUUUCGAGCUGGCGGCGGACAGCGGCAUCAUCACGCUCCGCGCGGCGCUGGAUCGCGAGACGCAGGCCGAGCACCGCCUCGUGCUGCGCGCCAGCGACGGCGGCCGGCCCGCGCUCUCCGCCACGGCCACGCUGCGCCUCACCGUGGCCGACGUCAACGACAAUCCGCCCGAGUUCGAGUUCCACGAGUACCGCGCCUCCGUGCCCGAGCUGGACGCGCCCGGCACUGAGCUGCUGCGCGUGCGGGCCACGUCGCGCGACACCGGGGUCAACGCCGACGUGUACUACUCGCUCGUGGGGGGCGACGACCGGGACGACUUCGCCGUCGAUCGCGCCUCCGGACUGCUGACCGUGGCGCGCCCGCUGGACUUCGAGCGCCGUCGUGAGUACCUGUUGACCGUGCAGGCCAUCGACGGAGGUACUCCCCCGCUCAGCGAUCUCGCCACCGUCAACAUCACCGUGUCGGACGGCAACGAUAACGCGCCACGCUUCACUCAGACGUCGUACGGCGCGCGCGUGCGCGAAGACGCCGCCGUGGGCACGCGCGUGCUGCAGGUCGUCGCGGACGACGCUGACUCGGGCGCCAACGGACGUGUCGCGUACAGUAUUGCGCGUGGCGAUCGCGACUCGCGAUUUUCCAUCGACCCUGACACUGGCUACUUGUCCGUGACGGCGCCUCUGGACCGCGAAACCGUACCCGCUUACGUGUUGGAGGUACACGCGCGUGAUCGCGGUCUCCCCGCACUCGAAAGCACCGCGCUCGUCAACGUCGAGGUGGUGGACGCCAACGAUAAUCCGCCAGUGUUCGUUCAAGACAACUACACCGCAGUCGUACAAGAGGACCGCCCUCUCGGGCACACCAUACUUAAGUUCGUCGUGUCCGAUGCCGAUGCGCCACCGAACGCCGCUCCUUACACCUUCGAUUUCCAAUCGGGCAACGAGAUGGGCGCUUUUCGACUGGAACAAGACGGUUAUUUGCGUUCGGCGACCCGUUUCAACCAUCGCAUCAAAGACCGCUACGUGCUGCAGGUGCGCGUUUUCGACAAUGGUACCCCUCCGCUGUACUCGGAUGCGUGGGUCUACAUCAAAGUCAUCGAGGAGUCACAGUAUCCACCGGUGGUGACGCCGCUCGAGGUGCUCGUCAACUCGUACCUGGACGAGUUCCCGGGAGGAGUUAUAGGGCGGGUUCUCGCCUCCGAUCGAGACGCGUACGACACUCUGACCUACGCUCUCGCGCCUAUCGACGGCGCCCCCUAUCCGCCGACAGACCUGUUCGAGAUCGAUUCCGCGGACGGAACUCUUCACGCGGCCCCGCGCCUGGACGUCGGUGACUACAGGUUAAACGUGACCGUCGACGACGGUAAAUUUGUUGGCUUCGCAAUAGUAAAAGUCACAGUGAUAUUGAUAUCGGACGAGAUGCUCGCUCAAGCGGUAGUGGUACGUUUUCGCGAAGUGACCGAUCGCGACUUCGUGCUCAGUCACCGCAAGGGAUUCGUGCGAGCCGUCGGCGAGGCGACCGACUGCGAGCCCGGCGACGUGGUCGUCAUCGGCGUUCAACCCUCCGGGGACGAGGACGACGACGACCCGCACCCGGAGCGCGCUCGACGUCAGGUGGCGCAGGACCUCGACGUGGCGUUUUGUGUGCGAGCGGCGGGCGGCCUGCUCCCGGCCGACGCGUUGCGGCGCCGGCUGCACCAGCACCUGGAGCGCCUGGAGGAGGGAGCGCGCCUCGUCGUGGAGGAGCUGUUGCGCGCCUCGUGCGGGGGCUGCGUGCACGGCGCGUGCGUCGAGCGCGUGGAGCUACGCGCGGCCGCCCGCGCCGUCAGCACCGACGUGUAUGCGCUCGUAGCUCCGCCGCACCGCCUACGCGGACGCUGCGAGUGCGAACGCGGGUUCGGCGGCGAGCGCUGCGACCGCGCCGCACCCGACUGCGCCGCCUGCGAGGCGCCAGCGCCGGGCGUGGCGCUGCUGCAAGGCGACGGUUACUUGUUGUACCGCCUGGAGCGCGGCGCCGUAGACGGCGCGCGGUUACUGGACGACGAGCUGACUCUGUCGCUGCGCUUCCGCACGCGGCGGGAGCGCGGCACGCUGUUGGCGGCCGCGGGGCGCGUGGACUACGCGGUGCUGGAGCUGGCGGAAGGGUAUCUGCAGUUUCGCAUGGAACUGGGCGCGGGCCCCGCCGCGGUGCGCGCGGCCGUGCCGGUGGCGGACGGCGCGUGGCACUCGGCGCGGCUGGAGAGGCGCGGCGCGUCCAUGCGCCUGACGGUGGACCGGCGCAGCGCGCUGGCGCAGACGCCGGCGCCGGCCGCGGUGCUGGACGUGCGCGCCGACCGCCUGCUGUUGGGCGCGUCGCUCGCCCGCCACGCUCACGCCUUCGCCGCCGAGCAGGUGACUUACGGAUUUCACGGAUGCGUCUCGGACGUGAAGCUGGGUGGCGCCGCUCUCCCGCUGGAGGAGGGCGGCACGUCGAGCGACGGGCGCGCUCAGCUCGUACGGAGCGUACGCGUGCGCGUGCAGAGCGCGUGCCCCGCUCUGCCGCCGCCCACGCCCUGCUCGUCCUAUCCCUGCCUCAACGGUGGCACGUGCCGCGACUUGGGCGACCUCCUGGAGGGCGAGUCGGAGGGCUAUUCGUGCUCGUGCCACGCGCGCUUCUCGGGCGCGCGCUGCGAGCUGGACGCGGACCCGUGCGCGGCGGCGCCGUGCCUGCACGGCGGCUCGUGCGCGGCCGACGCGCUGGAGCCGGGCGGGUUCCGCUGCGCGUGCGCGGCGGGGCUGGCGGGCGCGCGCUGCGAGCGCGGGCGCUGGUGCGGCGCGGGCGUGUGCGCGCACGGAGGCGCGUGCGAGGAGGGCGACUGGGGCCCGUCGUGUCGCUGCCGGGGCUACUACGGGCCGCGCUGCCAGUACGACGUGGACGAGUGCGCGGGCGAGCCGUGCCUCAACGGCGCCACCUGCCUCAACGAGCCCGGCUCCUUCCGCUGCCUCUGCCCGCCCGACAAGACCGGCAUGAACUGCGGUAACCCGCUGUACUCGGACGCGGUGGUGGCGGGCGGCGCCGGCGACUCCACGGCGCGCGCGCUGCGCUCGGCGUGGCGCUGGGCGUGCGACGCGCGCUGGCCGCUGGCGGCGGGCGGCGCGGCGCUGGCCUUGCUGCUGCUGCUGGCGCUGGCGCUGCCACUGGCCUUGCGCCGGCGCCGAGCGGCGCGCGCCAAGCCCGCCGACGAACCGCUCAACAGCCGGGCGCUCGACAAGCUGGCCCCGCGCGCCUCCAAGCUGUCCAACCUGGAGGCGGUGCGGCGCGAGCGGCCCGCGUCCUGCGCGGACCCGCCGCCGCUCAACAACGUGGACACGCUCCGCAGCUACGGCUCGGCGGGCGACGAACUCGAAGGCAUUCCGCCCGACUACCGCCGCAAUCUCAACAUCGACGUCGCCGACCGUAAGCCCUGGUCCGAGCAGAUGCACUUGCACACCUUCGUGGAUAACAAGAUAUAUAACGAUCUGAAAGGAUGCAAAAGUCGAGUCCGGUCUCGCUCACCGGGCGUAACGCGGCGCGGCGUCGGGCCGGAGCCGCACCUGGUGGGCGGCUACCACUGGGACUGCUCCGACUGGUGCGGCGGCGCCGGCGCGCUGCCCGGCAUCAGCGAGGUGGCGGGCUCCGAGCGGCCCGACUCGUCUUCGCCCGCCUCGCCCGCCUCGCCGCCCGCCUCGCCCGCGCCUCGCCGCCGCCGCGCGCGCGCGCCGCCCGACAGCGACUCGGCGCCCGACGACUGCGACGCGCCGCGCCUGCCCGACGUGUCGUCCUACCUGCUGCGUGCGUCGGACGCCGACUCGCUGCGCGCGCGGUCCCUGCGCGAACCCGACGCCGCCAGCCUCAUCACGAUGCUCGAGGAACGCAACUCGCUGCUGGGCGGCGACGACGACGGCUCCGGCAGCGAGCUGUCCGCCAACCUGUGCGAGAUCGAGGAGUCGGACGCGGAGACGGAGGCGCUGGCGCCCGCCGCGCGCCACACCGACGUGUGA